AUGGGCGAUGAGGAGGAGAUCAUCGAACGGCUCGACGAAUUCCUCAUGCAAGUGCGCCCCCUUGACGAGUUGCCCCACUCGUUCGAUGACACGCUGAUCGAUAAACUCGUCGAGAAUAUCACGCCGAAUGAUGCUAUCAUCAAACACACGCUUUCGCUCGUCAACGAGGAGGUUUUCGCGAAAAAUGGAGCCGUCACUGCUAAAAUUCUGAUCCGACUUGUCGAUAAAUUCUUGACGUUGCGAGUCGUCGACUUUGAUGCCCGGCUUUUGUUGAGGAUAUCGACCUCGCUUCUCCGUUUGCCCAAUCAUCCGAGUGUUUGGAGUGAUGUUCUGGCGCUGCUCGUCAAUCUCAUUAAACGGGAAACGGAAAUGGGAAGGAUUGGGGAAUUGCGAGAGGAUUUGAAAGAUAUCGUUAAAUGGAUUCUCAGAAGGUUGCCCGAAGAGAGUCUUUCGUUGUUUGUCCGGAAUCGCAUCGAGCACCUCGUUUUUGUCCUUUCUCAACAAUUCAUUGAUGACUUUAUGAACUACAUCACGACAUUGUUGAGUGAAAAUUUGUCACCAAUUAUCAGGGAGAGCUACCAUCGCAUUUUGACGCAUUUUCUCCAAAUUCGGCCAAUGAACGACGCGAAGUUUUUGGAAGUUUUCAUCGAUUCGGUCCGUUUGAACGUCACGAUGACCGAGGCGUCAAUCAUCUUCUUCAACGAGGUUAUGAAACAACUCCCGCUAGCUGACGUAUUGCCGAUUCUACUCAGCUCACAAUGGAGAUUGCCCUGUCAACGACUGAAUGCUAUUGUUUUAUACAUGGAAACGAUCAAUGAUCUGCCGAAUGAACUGCUCGCCGCACUUCGCGUUUCUCCGUUGUUGAAGUUGGAGCACUUUGUUCGAGUUUUUCGCGUCCACAAAAACAAGAAAGACAUGUUAUCUUCGUUGCCUGAAUGGAUUUCCGUUGUUGAACGGAUUUUCUCGUCUCCUCGUCCUCCAAUCGAUCUCCUUCCCGAUCUCGUUCAUCUAUUUACCGCACAAUUUUCUUGCUCAAUCGACGAAUGGAUGCCGAUUCUUGUGCUCGUUUUGCGCAAUAUUCUGAAUAAAACUGUUGUUUUCGUGUCAUUGCUUUCGUCAUAUGCACUAUCGCAACUCGUCGACGCAAAGAUUCCUUGGGAGAUCAUCGAAACGAAAGUGCGAGACGGGUUGAUGGGCAACGAUUGGGAGAAUCGUGAUUCGGCCGUCGAAAUCGUCAUGUACAGUGCUAAGCAUGACAGACAAUCUCCCUUGUGCGUCCAUCUCGACGAGAUCGCCGAAUUUGUGCCGAAAGACGGUUCACCUUAUGUACGUGCCUCAUCCCUUCGCUGUCUCGACGCGCACUCCCAUUCACUCACUCGACAACUUGCGCACGAGAGAUUGCUCAAUGAUUCCGAGCCACAACCACGCCUUGAAGCGGCUCGGGUAUUUCGAUCGAUUCCCGUCACUUCGACGGACGAUUGGAUCUUCUUCAUUGGAAACCUAACAAAAUUGCUCGGUGAUGCCGAUUAUGAGGUCCGAAGCGAGGUGGUGACCGUUUGCGAUAAGUGGAUGAAAAUGGGAUCGGAUGAUGAGGAAAUGCGCAAAAGUAUGAUCGAUCAACUUUCACAAUGGACAAACGAUUCGGAAAUCGGCGAUCACGUGAAAGCCGUCCUCUCACUUCCCGCCGAGACGCGCAAAGAUCCAACGAUGCAUUUGUUGAUCGACAUGAUUCAAGGUUUGGAAAUGCCCGAUGACGACACCAUUGAUUGUUAU